AUGUAUGUUGCGCUAUGGUACAAACAUGGAAAACCAAUUCACGGCCGAUCAUGGAACAAUGGAGGAGUCGUCGAGUGCUCAUUCCCUUAUAAGAAAGCUGAACUUAGGACUGCACAACAACUGGAGGGAAAUAUUCAAGUACUUCAAUACUCAGGAGAUCACAACACACAAGGAUUCUGGUACGAGUGGAUUCUGUACAAGGAUAGGUUCGACAAAGCAGAAGGCCGCCAACUCCUUCAUUGUGGAGAUUCCUUCCCUAUUCUAUGGAAAGACCGACCUGAGGUGAAGAUCACGCGAGCGAGCGUUUACUGCGAGCGCUGCACUCCUAAGCGCAUAUGGGAUCCAUUUCAACAUGUACAAGCUGGCGAAGCGGCCUGA